UGACAAUCUUCCCACUGUCUGUAAUUACCAUCAUUUCAAAUCUUCUUGGAAACUAUCUCACUCAUGUACAUCCUGUCUGAAACGGAUACCAGAGGUUGAGGGGCACAAUCCGGAGCAUAACAUCAAUUCUCCAGAACUGGAUUUCGAACUCAAGCACCAAAUUUCGAACACGACCUAGCAGAGCCAUGGCCGAAUACAAGCUAUCCUACGAGUCUCAACUGGACGUCUACCACCCCUCCUACCGCUACGAAGCCCAUGACCCGCGCGACUGGAAAUCCGCCGCUCUUCGUGGCCCAGCACUCCCCGCCCUAGGGAAUGCAACUGCCGGUGCAGUCGGCGCAGCCAUCUCCAAUGUUGUCGUCUACCCCCUCAAUGUCAUCGUCGCCCGUCUACAGACCCAGAAGCAGAAAGAAAGCGACUCCAGCGAGAAAUCAGAUGACGACGAAAAUGCCGACGAAGGAUAUACCAGCGUGGUGGAUGCUGCCCACAAGAUAUAUGCGCAGCAAGGCAUAGGUGGCUUCUACCCUGGUCUGGCGCAGGAUACUUGGAAGACCGUCGCGGAUUCGUUCCUUUUCUUUCUUGCAUAUAGUGCCAUCCGCCAGAAGAGGAUAGUCGCACAUGUAGGCGCAGAGCGGGCUGCAAAGAGCAAAAAUAUCGUCCUUCCGAUACUCGACGAACUUGCCGUUGGUAUCUUGGCUGGCUCGUUUGCCAAGCUAUUUACCACGCCAUUGUCGAAUAUUGUCGCGCGCAAGCAAACGUCUGCGGCACGCAAGGGUGGAAAUACGAAGAACUUGUCAACCAGUGACAUCGCAGCUCGCAUCCGCGCUGAGAAGGGUAUCCUAGGCUUCUGGUCUGGAUACUCGGCCACUCUCAUACUCACCCUGAAUCCAUCUCUCACGUUCUUCCUCAAUGAAUUCCUCAAACGGACCCUCCUCCCACGCUCAAAGCGCGACAAACCUCCUCCAGCUUUGACAUUCCUUUUGGCGGCCCUAAGCAAAGUCGCCGCCUCGUCAAUCACAUACCCCUUCUCCCUUGCGAAAACCAGAGCUCAAGUAAUGAGCUCGGGCUCUAAGUCUAAGUCCGAAACUGCGGAUAAGUCUCGGGCCUCGCUUUUCGCCUCUCUGACUCCCGAAAUACUUUCCACAGUCGCCACCAUCGCCCGCACUGAUGGUAUACCAGGACUCUACGCCGGCCUUCAUGGUGAAGUGCUAAAAGGCUUCUUCUCGCACGGCUUUACAAUGCUCGCUAAAGACGCCGUGUACGCGUUUAUAAUCAAGAGCUACUACCUCCUUCUGAUGCUCGGACGUCGCUAUCCCUCGCCCGACGAACUUAUCCAACGUGCCCGCGAACAGGCGGAGGAGUAUACAGAGAUCGCACGUGAAGGAGCGCGUGACCUAGCGGAGAGAACAAGGGAGGGCGCCGAGGAGCUGCUGAACGCUAAUUCUGGCGGUAAUGCUGUUGAUAUGACAUCGAACUCCGCGGGUGCUGCUGAUGCUGCCGAAGGUGCGGGUCGUGGCAUCGAUGCUUCUUCAGGUCUGAAGGAUUCUAUUCCAUCGGUUUCUGAUGAGCUCAAUGAGACGGCAGAGCUGGUCGGUGAUUAUGUUGAGGAUGAAGCGGUCGAGUGGAAGAGCCUCUAUCAUUGGUUUUGGGAGAAGGAUCGUGGGACGCAUCGGGAUUGAUUUGAGGGCCAAAGUAUACUGUUUGUGAUUUUUACAUAUUUAGGCAUUCUUGUUACGACCAGUCCUUGUUUUGUUACCGGAGUACAUAAUAGCGUUUGAAAUAUCAUUUCAUCCCAUUCGAAGAUCUCGAUACUUAGGUAUCUAUCCAGUCACUUGGCUCCUCAAAAGCAGAGGACCAUCUCGGAGGGUCUGCUGGCUCAAAUAUUUCCAGCCCCUGCUCCAGCGCGACGGAUUCCUUUUCUGAACGGUGCUCCCUCCAAUCGGGCUUCCAUAAAAGAACAUGUUGAUAUCUAC